UCUGGGCCCCCUUCCGCCGCGGGCAGCCGAGCGGGAGCCGCAGCCGAGUGGGACGCGAACGCUGCGCCCGCGGGGCAGGUGGGUGCUCGCGCGGGGCCCAGGACUGAGCUCGCCCGGCCCGGAGCGCGGCCCCGCCGCGUGGGAGGUGAUGAUGGCGACAAACCCACGCCCCCGGCCGCCUCCCGCGGGCCCCCGAGCCGCCUGCCGGUGCCCGUACGGAUCAGCCAAAGACACAAUUGUUGGUGCGCCGCAGAACUCAGGGGUGAGUGUACGUGCCAUGUGGCGAAGGAGGCUGGCCGCCGCGCUCAGGCUUUCAGGGCUGAAGUUUGCAUCUGGGCGCCUUCCUGCCGGUCAGAUUCCGACGCCCCCCAGGCUGCUCGUCGAACGUGAGUUUUAUCAGAUGAAAACAGGCUUUACCUUGCUGCUCGACGAGGCGUCUGGAAAUGCCUCCGCCGUCCGGCUGAGGCUGACCGGGGAGGUGCUGACACUGCAGAGGCAGGGUGUCGUCUGUGUCAGUGGGAGCAGCCCUGGUGCAAACCACAGAACCGUGACGCUUCGCAGACAGCCCGUGGGUGGCCUGGGCCUGAGCGUAAAGGGCGGUGCCGAGCACGGAGUCCCUGUCAUCAUAUCAAAGAUAUUCAAAGACCAGGCAGCCGACCAGACAGGGAUGCUGUUCACAGGAGACUCCAUCCUGCAGGUUAACGGCAUCCAUGUAGAGAACGCCACCCACGAGGAAGCGGUGCACCUCCUGAGAAAUGCUGGCAGCGAGGUGACCAUCACAGUGGAGUUCCUCCGGGAAGCGCCAUCGUUUCUGAAGCUGCCACUAGGGUCCCCCGAGUCCCCCAGUGGCCACGGCAGUGGGGCCUCCUCCCCGCUCUUCGACAGCGGCCUGCACCUGAACGGGAACCCCAGCAACACAGCUCCACCAUCACCUUCCUCACCCAUAGCUAAUGAGCCAAAAUAUGAGAAGCGCUGGCUAGACUCCUGGUCAGUUCCUCUGUCUAUAGCCCGCAUCUCCAGGUCCCAGGCCGGAACGGAGACGUUAAGGCCCCACGCCUUCAAUGUGCUGGCGCUUGGGGUCCGCUCAGGGAUGCUGCAGUUCUCCACGGCCCAGGAGACCACCGACUGGCUGAGUGCCGUGGCCACAAACAUCCAUGACCUGAUGCUACAGAGGCUGAAAAUGGCCAACAAGUGCUGUUCUCCGAGGGACCAGGUCGUGCACAUGGGUUGGGUCAACGAGAGGCUUGAAGAUGCCGACUGCUCUCCGACCUUCACACCCAAGUUCCUGGCCCUGAAGGGCUCCUCGGUCUGCGUCUUCAGCUCCCCCCCGGUGAGCACGCGGGACUGGGCGUGCGCAGAAAAGACCUACAGCCUCUGGGAGGUGCUGUUCAAAGCCCAUGAGUCUAAGACCUACCCGUGCAGCUGGCGGGGAGACGCGCUGCGCUUCACCGUGGACUUCGCCUCAGGAUUCACCUGCUGCGACAGCAGGACACAGACCAUCCUCUGGAGCUUUAGGUUCUCCCAGCUGCGGGGGUCGUCCGACGACGGGAAGGCCCGCCUCAAGCUGCUCUUCCAGCACCUCCACACCCGACAGGUUGAGACGAAGGAGCUGGAGUUCCAGGACCUCACGGCCGUCCUGCACUGCGUCCACGCCUUCCUCGCGGCCAAGGUUGCCUUGGACCCCGGCUUUGCGCGCAGCCAGGGCCUCAGCAGGAAGCCCCCGGGCAGCAGCUGAGCGCUCGGUCAAGGACGAGAAUUAAAUUAUUUUCUUAAGAGACGAAGCUUUGCCGCCCAGCAUUGGAGCUCUGUGGCUUUAUAACGAGCCUACUGUUGUGAUACCAUAAAGUCCUUCCUGUUUCCAGCCACGGAAAUCCUCGUUAGAGGGACGGUCCCACAGGGCGCAGGCGCGGCUGUGGCUGGGGCCCUGGCCCGUGAAUCGCCACAUCCCUGCGUCCCUCCAAGCCCUGCGAGGGGUGAGCCCCCACGCACCAUGUCCCUCGCUGGCCACACCCGGGUUUCCUUCCACGGAGUGACAGGGGACCGAGCGCCCCCCCCCCCCCCCCGCUUCCCUCUCCCUGGAGAGGAAGUGCUUCCUGGGGUGGGGGGGUCCCCUCCCCUGCACCCAGGAGGAGGCGGAGCCAGGGGUGAGCUGGGCUAUGAGCAGCAGGACUGUGGGGAUGGGAGUCAAUUUUUGUAUCAAACAUGACAAAUGAGUUACAGUGUCAUUAAGUAAUGCAUCAUUUAUAGGUUAUUAUUAUUAUUGUUGUUUUUGUUAAUCCUCACCGGAGAACAUUUUUUCCCCAUUGAUUUUGUUUUAUUUAUUUUUUAUUUUUUUAAAAA